CCACACAUUUAGCAUCCGAAAAAAUAUGUACACAAUUAAAUGAAAACAUACAAUGAGUUUUUAGAAAUAAGACAGCAAUAUGAAUAGUUGCGUUGUCGAAGUUGAGUACGAAUAUGUCGUGUUGAAAAUUAAUGGUUACGAUAUAAGUAAUUUGACAUGGUAUGAAGCGGUUCAAAAGUUCCUGCAAGCUAAAGAAACCCUGGUAGUUGAGUUAUGCAGACAAAAGCAUAGUGCUUUUAAUUUAGAAUGUAAACAAGAUGCCAAUACCAAACUGCCAGAUGUGGACAAAGCCAGUUCAAACGUUUUGCAUUCAAAUAAAUGCAAAAAACAGAUUUCUAAUUUAACUGAAAAGCCAAAAGACGCAAUCAUUUCUGCGUCGACAACAACUAACAGUGCCUCUCAACAAGUGAACACCAGCCCGUCAACGACUCUAGCUGCUUCGGGUGAAAUUACAACUAAAAAUCCAGUUAUUUUGACUCUACGGACUCUUAACCAUGAAGAAAGUUCAGGAUGCUCCACGGUUUAUGCCGCAUCGAAGGAAACACAAACCCAAGCCUCAGUCGACCAGGACGACGUCUUAAAGGACCACGACUUAGUUCAGACGCUAACCGAUCACUUCAUUGAGCGAGAACACCACUUGUUUGAGCAGUGUUUGGAACCGGAAAUCGACAUUGAGGAAGUAACGCUUAUAAAAGCUGCUAAUAACGCAACCAGCGAUCAAAUUGGUUUAGUUGUUUGCUCCUCUGGAUUUCAGUCGUCAAGCAUUGGUACGAAUAAAGAUCAUAUUCUGUACAACGACUUAGAUCAAUGCGAAGACGUAUUUAUUAGUCACAUACAACCGGAAAGUGUAGCUCAUCGAGAUGGGCGUCUGCGACAGGGUGACCAGAUCCUUCGCAUUAACGGGAUGGACGUUAAAGACCAGGAGGAGGUAGAAACUCAGAUAGCGGAAAGUAACAGCGCAGUUACGCUUCUAGUUAGUCGAAUAGUGUACCCUGAAGAUGACGACGAAGAGGACAUUAAUUUUGAGUACGACAAUACAUUUUUACCAGAUGAUUACACGAAUGUUGUGGAUAAAUUGGAUAAGGUAUUAUUAAGUCACGUGCAGUCCUUAGAAGAAAUAUCUAAUGAAACCGGAGUACAUUCAUCCAAAAGUAGUCACUCAACAAGUGAACAGAAUUUAUCAGAUUUUAAUGUUAAUACAUCGUCGUUGCCAAAAAAAAAGUUUGAAGAAUGUAAAAACUCAACUAGCAAAAUAAAGCUUUGCCCAGAGGCAAGUUUGGAUCAGCGAAAAACUCUAAAUCAAUCUUUAAACCAAAACCAUAUUCAUCGUCAAUAUCAGUAUGACGAAAACGAGCACAUCUAUGAAACCAUUCCCGAGGAUUCUGAAUCUGAACCACUCUACUGUUCGCCGUACCAAAGCUCAAGCGGAAAGAAUUCUAUAGAAUCAGGUGCAUCCUCAAAAGUGACGACACCAGCCCAAGCUUUAGAAACGACUAUGCAGCAACAAACUCAGCGAGUUGCUCAGUGGUUGGGCUUAAAACCACAGUAUCCUAGAACUUUACACACGCUUAUUGGUCGCCCCCCUCCACUUAAAUUUGCCCAGCAACCAACUUGCAGUCGCGUUUUUACUUUGCGCAGCACGUUAACCAACACUAGCCAUUCGAGCAGUAGCGGUGUUCCAUAUAGCGGUUAUGGACCAAAUAAUAUUGCUACCAGAAAUGUGGCUCUUGGAGAAGAAGUUGAUAACUCAUCAAGUGCCUACAAUACCGGUGACUCAAAUAACAGCGCAUCGCCCCAUCAAAAUACUGGAAACGUAAAUGACGACAUCUCUGCCAUGCACAAGCUAGAGAGCACGUUGAUCGAUGGACCCAGAGAAGCUUUUGAUACAACUGCUGUAAGCAGUAUGUUACUGUUACCUUUUGGAAAAUCUGGUCGCAUCGGCCUCUGUUCGUCCAAUUUGGAAACAGCAUAUGUGACCGGUAUGCAAAUUCAAAGUAAGGCAAAAUACGAGAACAUUCAACUUAACGGCGACCUCAAAUUAUUGAGAGUUAAACAUCCUGAGGAAUCGUUUAGUCCUUGCCCACAGUUUAACGCACCAAAUUUGAGUAGCUACCACUUUGUAAGUAGCCAAGAGGUUAAAAAUCAAUUCCAUAGCUCCACCAGUUCAAAACAAAAUGCUACACUGCUUAACUGCGAAAAUAGUGACGAAAUUCCAAUGGUAUGGAAGGUCAAAAGACGCCCAGAUGGAACUCGAUACAUUGUAAAGCGGCCAGUUCGUAAUCGCCCUCAAGUUACUAUUCGGAAGAACGUGCGCUGUAACGAAAUAGCCACAACGGAGGAGGAUACAGUGUCUGAAGUUAAAAUUGGUCGUUAUUGGACAAAAGAAGAACGAAAGCGACACAUUGAACGGGCUCGUGAGAAACGGAAUCAUCAGACAAAUCAGCAUCAACAAUAGCUACAGUUACAUUUUUCUCCUAUUUUGUUUAAGUAUAGUAUAAAACUAAUAUUUUUAAAUACGUUUAGUCGCAACAAUUUUAAAACUUGUUUGGUUGUCAUGACUAAGGAAACUUAGAGACUACAAUUUUAGGGUACAUUCUUAUUAGUGCAUAACCAACAUUUAUAAUUCAUAAUAUUGUAAAAAUGUCUUAUUUUUUAUUGUUUUUUUUUAUUUGGACUAGACAAUGGUCUAAGUUUUGACAAUUUAUGAACCGACAUGAAAUAUUGUCAUCUUUCUGCUUAGAAAUUUCGUUAAUAAUUGUUCCUAUACUAGUUAUUUGUUAGCGUAAUCCCAUUCCUGAAAACAGUUUUCAUUGAUGUAUUAAUAUGAGCAGCAUAUAAAUAAAUUUUAAAUAAUUUAAAAAAA